CAGCCACGGGGCUGGUGUCAGGGGGAGUAGCCAAUCCGUUUCCCUUUCUUCAAACCCUCUCACCGCCCAUUUUCCAUUCCCAAAUAACCACCUCUGCCCAGAAAUCCCCCUGCCAACGAUUCCACCCGCAGAUGGCUUUCACAGCACUGGAAUUGAGGGCAUUGUGCCGGGAUCUAGGGCAUACAGAGUUCCCUGGCUCCGGUAGUAAUGACGGUGAACGAAUUACAGCUGCUGUCGUCGGUGGUACUCGACAUUGCUGUUGCCCCAAACAAUUCGCAAGAGGGAUGCCUGCAAUAGAAAUCGCCAUUAAAGUCAUCUUCUUCCUCAUUGAUGCUUUUUCCUUCAGUAGGGAUGCUUAUCCUCUUGAGUUGCGCAGGGGAUUUUACAACUUUAACUUGAAACUUUAGUGGAAAGAGUGAAAGAAGAUAACUUCGAUGAGAUUGUGUUGUUCUUUGUCUUGAAUCUGUCUCAGAGUCUGUUUGGAUGCACCCAGAAUGAUAAUGGAUUGUAAUAUUGCCCGACCCAUGUGCAUUUUGGGAAAGAGGGUCAUUUGGAACAAAAUGCAAACUGCAAAAGCUACGAAAAUGAGAUGCAGUAAAAACAUGCUUGACACAUUAUCUUCCCAUUCCCAAAUUGGGAUGGUGGACAUUUCAAACCUCCUCAAUCGAUACUGUAUUUGGGUAGAAAUGAAUGACCAUCUUAAGGCCUGUUUGGAUGUACAAGACCACACUACCAUCCAAGAAAUCCAGCUCGAAUGAGUUGAAAACAAGGUUGUUAUAAUCACAUUCUCAAUGGGGACAGUGGCUACAUGCUUCCAUCUGUAUUUGGGGACGUUCCGAACAGAUUUUUUGUUGCGAGUGACGCUGGGGUCAGAGCUGUGGCCUCGUGAUUGCAGCACGAAGAACCAUCCAAUUGAGCUAUACCAUCUCAACCCCAACUGUAUUAGAUCAACUCAGACAACAUGGGAGGUGGGACAAUUCAGGUUUUGGGUUUCCCUUCGAAUGUGUGUGCAGAAAAUGUGAAGGAGUUUUUUGAUAGAUACACAGGUGAGGGGACUGUUUAUGCAGUUAAGGUUAGACCGCCCAAGACUAUCAAGCCAAGAUCAAAAGCAUUCGUGAUCGUUCAAUUCACGAUGAGUAGUUGCGCCAAAGAUAUAACCUCUAUGGCUAGUCAGCAGCAGCUUUCAUACGAGGGUUCUUACCUUGAAACCCGAGACGCAGAGCAUGAUAUUGAGCCGAAGCCAAGGACCAAAGUGUUUGACUUGGAACACGUGACUCUGCAUUUCGGCUGUCAGAUUACAGACAGAAGUUUUUCUGCUCUUUGGAGUGUCAGCGACGUUACAGUUAACUUUGGUUUCCGUCAGCAAAAAUUGAAGUUCUUACUCUCUUGCCACAGCAUCCACUAUAAGCUCGAACUCUUUUAUGGGAGCAUUAGGCAAAUCCAGCUGCGCCACUCACAUGAACAAGCUGCUAAGUUUCUCUUGAUACAGUUGCAAGCUGCUCCUCGGAUUUACAAGAAGCCUCCGGUCACUCCACAAUUUAUAUAUGAAGAUCCAAAGUUAAACUACUUCAAGGACAAGGACAUAUCAGGCAAUCAAUGGGUCAGAGCAACUGAUUUCACCCCGUCUUCUUCAAUCGGCCAAUCUUCGGCGUUGUGUUUGGAAGUUCCUUAUAGCUGCAAGCUUCCUGAUAUCCAUGCGAACUUUGUAAAUUAUGAAGAAAUUGAAGGCCAAUUUGUCUUGGAGAGCGGUUUUUCCUUCUCUCAUGGUUUGGAUCUUGUCCCCAUUGUUGGGCCUUGCCAGAGGAUUCAAUUACCAUAUACGAUUCUGUUUAAGAUAAACAGUUUGGUUCAGAAUGGGAUCAUCAUGGGGCUCACACUCGAUGAUGAUUUCUUUAGGUUGGUCGAUCCUCGUCUGGUACCUAUUCACUACGUGGAACAUGCACUGGAGAGUCUAUCACAUCUAAAAGAUUCCUGCUUCCAACCCGCAAAAUGGCUUCACGAGCAGUAUGGAAAAUACCGUGCAUCUCAGCAUCCUCCAAAAUCCACCACUAUUUCAUUGGAUCCUGGUUUGGUCUAUGUCUACAGGGUUCAAAUCACCCCCACUAAAGUGUACUUUUGUGGGCCGGAGGUCAACGUCUCAAAUUGUGUAUUACGCCAGUAUGCUGAAGAUAUAGAUAACUUCCUUCGUGUUACUUUCGUCGAUGAGGAUUUGGACAAAAUACAGUCGACAGAUUUGAUACCGCGGCCAGUUCUGGAAAAUGGUGAACAGCACACUGGUGUGUAUAAAAGGAUACUCUCCACUUUGAGAAAUGGCAUAGUUAUUGGCGAUAAGAAGUUUGAAUUUCUCGCAUUCUCUUCAAGUCAGUUAAAGGAGAAUUCCGCAUGGAUGUUUGCAGCGAGGAGUGGACUCGAUGCAGCUGGUAUAAGGAAGUGGCUGGGAGACUUUAGUAAGAUAAGGAAUGUGGCAAAAUAUGCUGCCCGAUUAGGUCAAUCAUUUGGUUCAUCCAAAGAAAGUUUGAGCGUUGAUAGGCAUGAAAUUGAACAUAUUCCUGAUAUAGAGAUAAAAAACAAGAAAUAUAAUUUCUCGGAUGGAAUUGGAAAAAUUUCAGCUGAUUUUGCUAAAAGAGUGGCUAUAAAGUGUGACAUCAGAGGUUUGACGCCAUCUGCCUUCCAAAUUAGAUAUUGUGGGUACAAAGGUGUUGUAGCUGUGGAUCCUGUGUCUCCAUAUAAGUUGUCCUUCAGAAAAAGCAUGCUCAAGUAUGAAUCGGACAACGCAAAACUGGAUGUUUUGGGAUGGAGCAAAUAUCAGCCUUUUUUCCUCAAUCGACAGUUGAUCACUCUUCUGUCGACUCUUGGAGCUAGAGAUCAAGUGUUUGAAAUGAAGCAAAAAGAAGCUGUAGAACAACUGGACAUGAUUUUAACGGAUCCGAUACGAACACAGGAGGUGCUCGAGGUCAUGUCUCCGGGAGAAGACAAUCAGGUCCUUGGAGAAAUGCUGAUCUGUGGUUAUAAGCCUGAUGCCGAGCCAUUCCUUUCAAUGAUGCUGCAAACUUUUCAGGCAUCAAAGCUUUUGGAACUGAGGACUAAGACACGGAUUUUUGUUCCGAAAGGAAGAUCAAUGAUGGGAUGCCUUGAUGAAACUAGGACUCUUAAAUAUGGGCAGGUGUUUGUUCAAAUAUCUUGUGUUGGGCAUAAACAGUUUGAUGAUAAUGAUCCAUUUACAUUUGGAAGAAAUGAGUCCAAUCAGCGGUCUAUUGUGAUCAAGGGUAGAGUACUUGUUGCUAAAUGCCCAUGUCUCCACCCAGGUGAUGUGCGUGUCUUGAGGGCCGUCAAUGUCCCAGCUUUAUGCCAUAUGGUUGACUGCGUUGUUUUUCCACAGAAAGGGAAUAGACCGCACCCAAACGAAUGCUCAGGAAGCGAUUUGGAUGGAGAUGUAUACUUUGUAAGCUGGGACUCUGAACUUAUUCCACCUCGUCAAAUCCCACCCAUGGAAUACAUUGCCAAACCGCCUGUUUUGACAAGAUCACUGUCUUCCUUAAGGGGAUAA